AUGGAUGCUUACGGCAACCUGUGGGCCUUCGAUAAGUCGUACUGCAGUGAUCCUGACCUGGUGCUGGAGCUGAAGAACCUCAUUGUCAUAUUUGCAGACACAUUACAGGGUUAUGGCUACCCAGUGAACAGACUGUUUGACCUGCUGUUUGAGAUCAGAGACCAGUACAAUGAAACGCUGCUGAAGAAAUGGGCUCUGGUGUUCAGGGAGAUCUUUGAACUGGACAACUACAGCCCUAUCCCUGUAGAGACUGAGGAAGAGUACAAGUCUGUGGUUAAUAGAUUCCCCUUCCACGACGCAGAGAUUGAAAAGCAAGCCUUUCCAAAGAAGCUGCCGAUGUCUCAGUCGGUGCCUCAGAUCUACGUUCAGGUCAAGGAGUUUAUCUAUGCCAGCCUGAAGUUCUCCGAGUCACUGCAUCGCAGCUGGACAGAGAUCGAUGACAUGCUUCGUAAAUCCACCAACCUGUUGUUGACGAGGACACUGAGUGGCUGUCUACAGAACCUCAUCAAGAAACCCCAUAUAGGACUAACUGAGUUAGUCCAGAUCAUCAUCAACACAACCCAUCUGGAGCAGGCCUGUAAAUACCUGGAGGACUUCAUCACCAACAUCACCAACGUCUCACCUGAGACCGUACACACCACGCGGCUCUACGGCCUUUCCACCUUUAAGGAUGCACGACAUGCAGCGGAGGGAGAGAUCUACAGCAAACUCAACCAGAAGAUAGAUGAGUUUAUCCAGCUGGCAGACUAUGAUUGGGGCAUGCCGGAGUCAGACGGCCAGGCCAGUGGAUACCUUAUGGACCUCAUCAACUUCCUCCGCAGCACCUUCCAGGUUUUCACACACCUGCCGGGUAAAGUGGCCCAGACAGCCUGUAUGUCAGCGUGUAAGCACCUGUCCACGUCCCUGAUGCAGAUGCUGUUGGACAGCGAGCUGAAACAGAUCAGUAUGGGAGCCGUUCAGCAGUUCAACCUGGACGUCAUACAGUGUGAAUUGUUUGCCAGCUCAGAGCCUGUGCCAGGAUUCCAGGGAGACACUUUACAGCUGGCAUUCAUCGACCUCCGACAGCUGCUGGACCUGUUCAUGGUGUGGGACUGGUCUACGUACCUGGCUGACUACGGACAGCCCACCUCCAAGUACCUCCGGGUCAACCCCUCUACUGCACUAGCACUUUUGGAAAAAAUGAAGGACACCAGUAAGAAGAACAACAUAUUUUCUCAGUUCAGGAAGAAUGACCGAGACAAACAGAAGCUUAUUGAGACAGUGGUGAAACAGCUGAGGAGCCUGGUCAAUGGAAUGUCUCAACACUCCUAGAACAGAGAUGGACAGACAGACAGACAGACAGACAGACAGACAGACAGACAGACAGACAGACAGACAGACAGACAGACAGACAGACAGACAGACAGACAGACAGACAGACAGACAGACAGACAGACAGAGACCAACCAACCAUCACCUUUCAGUUUCACCAGAUUCGCUGCAUAUUGUAAAUAAGGAGAAGACGACACACAAAAACAGACGAGACAUCGAGCUAAAACAUUUUCUCUGUCGGGAAUGAGAAAAGAGUGAAAUGUUUUAAAUGUAUUUUCUAAAGGCUCAGAAUACUAUGUUUUGUAUAUAGUGAGAGUGCAGUGAUUGGUAUCACCACGGUGAUGUAAGGAAUGUAAAGAUGGCAUCUCAGAUGAAGACUGAACAGGAAACUGAUGUUCACUAGGGGAAGUGGCCCAGAUAAGGGGACUGAGCCAUCAAAUAUAGGCUCCAAUCCCCGGAGCCCUAUGGACCCUAUCUGCCCUGCUCUAAAGUAGUGCACUAUAUAGGGAAUAGGGCCCUGGUCUCAAGUAGUGCACUAUAUAGGGAAUAGGGCCCUGGUCUCAAGUAGUGCACUAUAUAGG